CUUGUAAAUAUUACGGUGUUGUUGGUAACACUGCUCUGUAAACAUGAGUGAGAUAGCAGCUUUAUUCCCGCUGUUACUGACCCUGUUCUCCGCUCAGUUGCUGCAGGCGCUGCCGCAAACUUAUUUACAGUCAACAAAACAUCAUGGAUCCGAGAUGGAACCCCAAUUCACAGAGAAGUAUUUCAGUCAGACUCUGGAUCACUUCAACUUUAACAGCAUGGGGAACGCCACAUUCAGUCAGCGUUACCUGAUCACAGACAAGUACUGGAAGAAGGGUGACGGUCCCAUUUUUUUCUACACGGGCAACGAGGGAAACAUCUGGGAAUUUGCCCUCAAUUCUGGAUUCAUCACAGAGUUGGCUGCCCAGCAGAGAGCCUUGGUCAUAUUUGCUGAACAUAGGUACUACGGUAAAUCUCUCCCGUUUGGCAACGACUCGUUUAACAUCCCUCAGGUCAGCCUGCUGACGGUGGAGCAGGCCCUCGCUGACUACGCCAUCAUGAUCACUGAGCUGAAACAGCAGCUGGCAGCCACAGACUGUCCUGUCAUUGUGUUUGGUGGCAGUUAUGGUGGAAUGCUGUCAGUCUACAUGAGGCUCAAGUAUCCAAACGUGGUGGCAGGAGCUCUGGCUGCCAGCGCACCCAUACUGUCCACAGCUGGAAUGGGAGACUCCAGACAGUUCUUCAGAGAUGUCACAGCUGAUUUUGAAAACAUUGAUCCGGGGUGCAGAGACGCUGUGAGAGGAGCUUUCUCUCAGCUGAAACACUUAGCUGAACACCAAGAAUACAGUCGCAUCCAGGCAGAGUUCAGCCUGUGUAAGCCUCCAUCGUCCCCUCAGGACAUCCACCAGCUGAACGGCAUGCUGAGGAACGCUUUCACUCUGAUGGCCAUGCUGGAUUAUCCCUACAGUACUCACUUCAUGGGCAACAUGCCCGCCAACCCUGUUAAGGUGGCUUGUGAGACCAUGAUGACUGGAUCUGACCUGCUGGCCAACCUCAGGAACACUGCAGGGAUUGUGUACAAUGCUACAGGAGUGUUGACCUGCUUUGAUAUGUACAGUCUGUAUCUGGAUUGUGCUGAUCCCACCGGGUGUGGACUGGGCUUUGACAGCAUGGCCUGGGACUACCAGGCAUGCACAGAGAUAGAUCUCUGCUACGAGAGCAACAACGUGACAGACAUGUUUCCUCCCAUGAGCUUCACUGAGAAAGCCCGUGAGCUGUACUGUUCCAAACGCUGGGCUGUGAUCCCGAGACCCGACUGGCUCAAAACCCAGUUCUGGGGUGACGCUCUCUCUACAGCCAGCAACAUUAUUUUCUCUAACGGAGAUCUGGACCCUUGGGCAAACGGAGGGGUGAGGAAGUCCUUGAGCUCAUCGCUGAUAGCUGUCAACAUUUCUGGAGGAGCCCAUCAUCUUGAUUUAAGAGGAUCUAACGAUGCUGAUCCAGAGUCGGUGAUCACAGCCAGGAAGAUGGAAGCAGACCUCAUCUCACAGUGGGUGAAGAUGGAGAGGACCAGAUUACAACAGUCACUUUAAAGUCCAGGUCCUGGCUUUGUUUCAGGGCUGGAGUUGAGACCGCUUCUGUGAAGUCACUUAUUUCCUGUCAAAUUCUAAGUACAUUUCAAACCCAGCUUCGGUAACAGCUGUGCAGAUGUUGGAGUCAGUGUCUGGAUUCCACUCUAUAAUAACUCACAUACUGGAAUUAUACUAUGUGGUGUUUUCACACUGUAAAAAUGUACUUGUUUUUUAAGUUAGCUUCUUUUUUGAUUGUGCUGUCAGCUGCUGAACUUUCAUUGAGCUUCGAAAUGCUAAAUUAUCAAUAGCUUUCUGAAGUUGCAGUUUAGCUGAUGUUAAAAAGCCAUAAAAUGUGUUAAAGGAACAUUGUUGUGUUUUUUGUUUUUUGUAAUACAAAUGUUACAGACUUUUUAGCCAGUUAACCAGCAGAAAAAACACACCACUGUGUUUCAGAAAUCAGAAUGCAUUUGUCUUUCUAUCCUGUUCUGUAUGACACAAAUCCACAAGUCAUUUACAUUAUUGCUAUGAGAUAAUUCAGUGCAGAUCUUUCACACCUAUUUGGUAUUAAACUGCAUUAACACACACAGCAGAAAACAGAAGUUCAUGCAGAUUUGUGAUGGAUUAUAUAACUUGUUUACAAUGGUCAGAGUAAUGCCAGUGUGUGGUUUUGGGGCUCCUCUGUAGUGACCCUGUGCUCACUGCACCAAACUUUUCCCAUCCAUUCAAAAUAGAAUGGUUUUAUUUAAGAUACGUUACCUGAGUACUUCCAUUUUACACAAUGGUUCAUAUAGUAAGCUUAUAAAAUACAAUAUGUAAGAUUAAACUAGUGGUUUCCAGUCACUUUGUCUUGUGAGCUCAGGUGUUGAAUCAGUGUGUAGUUGUGUCUCUGUCAUGUUUAAGAUGUCUAUGAGUUGUUAGAAGCUCCACCAAAAAGACCCCUCUGAAUGUCUCACAUGAUUUCAUUUUAAUAAAUAUAUUAAUUAAUUAAUGAAAUGUUCACCAAAAAUCAAAGAUCAGAGAAAAAGUUUUAAA